GUGGCGAGCGCGGGGGCUGCCGGGAUCGGGGCGGUGGAUCCCCAUCGAUCCCGAUCGGCUCCGAUCGAUCCCAUCGAUCCCAUCGAGCCCCGGCUCUCCCCCGCCGCGAUGUUCUUCACCUGCGGCCCCAACGAGGCCAUGGUGGUCUCAGGUUUCUGCCGCAGCCCCCCGGUGAUGGUGGCCGGGGGCCGGGUGUUGGUGAUCCCGUGCCUGCAGCAGAUCCAGAGGAUCUCCCUGAACACGCUGACGCUGCCCGUGCGCAGUGAGAAGGUUUACACCCGCCACGGGGUGCCCAUCUCCGUCACCGGCAUCGCACAGGUACCCCCGGAAUGACCUAAAACCAC